UGGGCGGGGCAGCAUGGAGGAGCUGAGCAGCGUGGGCGAGCAGGUCUUCGCCGCCGAGUGCAUCCUGAGCAAGCGGCUCCGCAAGGGCAAGCUCGAGUACCUGGUCAAGUGGCGUGGCUGGUCCUCCAAACACAACAGCUGGGAGCCAGAGGAAAAUAUCCUGGACCCGAGGCUGCUCUUGGCUUUCCAGAAGAAGGAACACGAGAAGGAGGUGCAGAACCGGAAGAGAGGCAAGCGGCCCAGGGGCAGGCCGAGGAAGCACACAGUGAUGUCCCCCUGCAGCCGGCACUCCAAGCUCAAGGAACCCGACGCCCCCUCCAAAUCCAAAUCCAGCAGUUCCUCCUCUUCCUCCACGUCCUCCUCUUCUUCCUCAGAUGAAGAGGAUGACAGUGACUUAGACGCCAAGAGGGGCCCCCGGGGCCGUGAGACUCACCCAGUGCCUCAGAAGAAGGCCCAGAUCCUGGUAGCCAAGCCCGAACUGAAGGAUCCCAUCCGGAAGAAGCGGGGCCGCAAGCCCCUGCCCCCAGAGCAGAAGGCGGCCCGGAGGCCUGUGAGCCUGGCCAAGGUGCUGAAGACAGCCCGGAAGGACCUUGGGGCACCGGCCGGCAAGCUGCCCCCCCCGCUCAGUGCCCCUGUGGCCGGCCUGGCAGCGCUGAAGGCCCAUGCCAAGGAGGCUUGCAGUGGCCCCAGCACCAUGGCCACCCCGGAGAACUUGGCCAGCCUGAUGAAGGGCAUGGCCGGCAGCCCCAGCCGGGGUGGUAUCAGCUGGCAGAGCUCCAUCGUGCACUACAUGAACCGGAUGAGCCAGAGCCAGGCCCAGGCCGCCGGCAGACUGGCUCUCAGGGCCCCAACUGCCAGCAAGUGCAGCCUAGGGCUGGACCUGAAGGUGAGGACGCAGAAGGGGGAGCUGGGGAUAAGCCCCCCGGGAAGCAAAGUCCCAAAGGCCCCCAGUGGUGCUCUGGAGCAGAAAGUGGGGGGCACAGGAGGGCCUCCACACGUCCACAGUGGCAACAAGGUCCCUGCCGGGUGCCUGGGCCCCCAGCCUGCACCCACCCAGGAGCUGAGCCUCCAGGUCUUGGACUUACAGAGUGUCAAGAACGGCACACCAGGGCUGGGCAUGGUCGCCCGCCAUGCCACAACCACCAAGGGUAACCCUGCCACCCACCCAGCCACUGGGAAGGGUGUGGGGGGUGGCCUCACUGCGGUGAGUGGGGCUGGCCUGCCCACUGAGGCCAGCAAGAGUGAGAAGCUGGCCUCCAGGGCAACAGCCCUGCCCAGCCCUGCCGGCAAGAGGGACUUUGUCAAGGGCAGCAUGGCCCCAGGGCAGGAGGGCCACCCGACUCCGGGAGAGGCGCGGAAGACGGCUACACUGUCUGAGAUGAGCACCGGCGAAGAGAACAGCAGCUCCGACUCGGACCCUGACUCGGCCUCCCUGCCCAGUGCCGGACAGAACCUGUCAGUGUCCGUCCAAACCAGCCAGGACUGGAAGCCCACCCGCAGCCUCAUUGAGCACGUCUUCGUCACCGACGUCACCGCCAACCUCAUCACAGUCACGGUGAAGGAGUCUCCCACCAGCGUGGGCUUCUUCAACCUGAGACAUUACUGA